UCCAUGGAGGUUACGUCCAGGUCUCGCUGAGCAUCUUGAGGACAACCCCGUCGUCCAACAGCUCCCGAUGGAUUUCUUCCCGCGGGAUCUUCUGAAGCGAUAAUUAUGCAGGAAGAGAGGCCGACGCUUCGUUGGGGAAUUAAUGAAGCCGCCUCUGUCUCGAAAGCCCAGUAGAGCCCAACAUGGAGACGUGGGGACUAAGGACACCCGAGCGGCUGUGGACGCUGGCGGUCACCGAAAGCUCGGACAGUCUCUGUGAGGCUGCCCGCUGGCUCCUGGCCUUCGCCCGCGUCAUUCAGAGAGGAGAAGGAAGCCCCCAGCCCCCGCCCGGCCUCGCCGUCCGUCACUCAGGUGCCCUGAUGGCCCGCCGGGCGGCCGGCCGGAGGGCGCGGGCCUAGGGCCCAGGGCUCCCCCGGCCCGCCCCCGGCCCUCCCGGCCCGCCCCGAGCCCAUGAGAGCCGCCCGACCGGCCUGACCGGAGGCUCCUCGCCCGCCCGCCUCUCUGCCCCCUCCCCCCCAUCUAUGGCGAACUAUAGCCAUGCGGCCGACAACGUGUUCCCGGAUCUGUCCCCUCUGACGGCCUUCCUGAAGCUGACCUCGCUGGGCUUCAUCAUCGGCGUCAGCGUGGUGGGCAACCUGCUGAUCUCCGUCCUGCUGGUCAAGGACAAGAGCCUGCACCGCGCCCCCUACUACUUCCUGCUGGACCUGGGCUGCUCGGACGUGCUGCGCUCGGCCGUCUGCUUCCCCUUCGUCUUCACGUCGGUGAAGAACGGCUCCACCUGGACCUACGGCACGCUGACCUGCAAGGUCAUCGCCUUCCUGGGCGUCCUGUCCUGCUUCCACACCGCCUUCAUGCUCUUCUGCAUCGGCGUCACCCGCUACCUGGCCAUCGCCCACCACCGCUUCUACACCAAGCGGCUGACCUUCUGGACCUGCCUGGCCGUCAUCUGCAUGGUGUGGACCCUGUCGGUGGCCAUGGCCUUCCCGCCCGUGCUGGACGUGGGCACCUACUCCUUCAUCUCCGAGGAGGACCAGUGCACCUUCCAGCACCGCUCCUUCCGGGCCAACGACUCCCUGGGCUUCAUGCUGCUGCUGGCCCUCAUCCUCUUGGCCACCCAGCUGGUCUACCUCAAGCUCAUCUUCUUCGUGCACGACCGCCGGAAAAUGAAGCCGGUCCAGUUCGUGGCGGCCGUCAGCCAGAACUGGACCUUCCACGGCCCUGGGGCCAGCGGCCAGGCGGCCGCCAACUGGCUGGCAGGCUUCGGCCGGGGCCCCACGCCGCCCACCCUGCUGGGCAUCCGCCAGAACAACGGCGGGGGCGGCGGAGGGGGCGGCGGAGGGGGCGGCGGAGGCAACGGCAACGGCCGGAGGCGCCUGCUGGUCCUCGACGAGUUCAAGACGGAGAAGAGGAUCAGCAGGAUGUUCUACGUCAUGACCUUCCUCUUCCUCACCCUGUGGGGCCCCUACCUGGUGGCCUGCUACUGGCGGGUCUUCGCCAAGGGGCGCGUGGUGCCCGGGGGCUACCUGACGGCCGCCGUCUGGAUGAGCUUCGCCCAGGCGGGCAUCAACCCCUUCGUCUGCAUCUUCUCCAACAGGGAGCUGAGGCGCUGCUUCAGCACCACCCUCCUCUACUGCAGAAAGUCCCGCUUGCCCAGGGAACCUUACUGCGUUAUAUGACGGCCGGGAGCCCCGCCGGCACCGGCCUCCUGCCCGCCGACCAGACCCCCCCACACACACCCCGCACCCCCCUCCGGGCUCCCGGGGACCAGGGUCCGAGGUCCGGGCUGCCGGGGACCCUCCCCGGGGCAGGGACAGAUGAGGCCACCCGGCUCCGCCCCGCAGCCUCGCUCGGCCGCGCUUUCUCGGGACCCCGGGGCCCGGCUGUGUCUGGGUUGUUUUUCGGUUUGGGGUUUUUUUUUGGGGGGGGGGGGGGCUGGCCGUCGCCCGGGCCUCCCUCCGGGGAGCGGCCGGACGGUGGGACAGAGCCCGCCCCACCCAUGCGGAGCCCGGACCGGCCCCGCCCCGGCUAAGGGCCCCCCUCCCCGAAACACCGCUCUGCUCUAGGAUGACACCGGCCCAAGGACCAGCCGCGGGCAUCGCGACCGAUUAAACCGACAUGAGGUAAAGGGGUGGACGAAAACUCAUUCGGCAAGUCCGAAGCUCUUUCCAAACGUUUCGAUCCCUUCCCGCUGGGCAACGACUGGAAUUGCUGGGGCCGGGGGAGGGAGGGCGGGGCGGGCGGCCCCAACUACUCUAUUCCGCUCAAGAUGUGCCGCCUAUUAUUGGAUUAUCGCACCGAGGAAUCUGGUGGCCCCGUGACCAGGUUUGGGGGCGUUUUCCAAAACCGAAUCUUGGUUGGACCGAUUAGAGUUUACCUUUUUUUUUUUUUUUGGUUGCUUUUUUCUUCUAUUUUUUUUUUUUUGUCUGGCCAAACCUGUUACUAUUUCGGAAUCCUCCUCUUCUUACUGGCGAGAUGACCGGCACCGAACUCCGGUCUGUGGUUUUUGCUGAUUUGGUAUCAGAUUCCUUCGAGUCUCAUUUCUCUUCUGCGAAAGCUAGGUAGCCUCCCGCUGGGCGACGUGAACGGUCCUGUCCAGUUCCGAUUGAACGGUCCCGAAAACACAGAAUAAACACGUGUUGCCUGUAA